AUGUCUGCCGGCACCAGUUUACAAGCACCUGGAGACAGCCGCAGCGGAGACACCGCCGAGGCGUUUAGAGAAACAUGCGUUUCGGCAAAAAGCUCAAAGGCCAGCACUGGCCCGUUUGGCCCAUGUGACCGACCCUACCCCGUUUUUUUCACGGUGUGCUGUCUGGCAUGGCCUCAGCAUGGCUGGGUGUUUCGCUGUCUUAUUUAUUUCGCUCUCGUGGCCGUCUAUUUUGGGCCGUCAACCUGCCACAGGAAGAGGCAGUGUCUUCUUUCCUCGCAGGUGCCGUCGUCCCCCAGACCCUCGCGACCGCUGUCUGUCCUGUCAUUUCCUUUCCUUCUGUUCGCUGUUCUCUGUCAUGCCAUUCUUGGGCAUCUACACCCCGCGAGCGACGAGGCGCUCACUCCACAGCACGCAGCAGCGCACUGGACAUCUCCUUUUCUCUUUGUUUUGGGGCAGCAUCCAGGGGCGAUCACAAGUGUGUCUGCUGUGAAUGAGAUUUUGUCUCUAGGAGAGACGAAAAUCAUCGAGUUCAGCAUACGGAAUCCAUAUCCGUACGAGGGGCAGCUGACUGUCACCGUCGACGUCGGUGAAGUCAGCUCUCCGGCUAAGGCGCAGACAGCCAGCUUCGAAGGCUACGGCGGCCUCGACAUCGCAGCGCUCACGGGCGACGAUCUGGCGUUGCUUGUGCGUCGCGAGAAGGAGGAGAGGCGCAAGGCAGAAGAAGAGAGGCAGAAGAAAGCGGAGGACGAGCGGAAAAACCAGGCGGUCCAGGAUAGCGCGGAAGACGGCUCGAACUCCUCUUACCUCGUCACGCCGAGUUCACAAAGUCAGCGCAGGCAGCAGGACGCGGCGAGCCAACGCCCCUUUUCAACAUCAGGUGCAAGCCUCAACUCGUCGCCGUUCCGACCGUUCUCUUCGUUUUCUUCCGGUGCGUCUCUUUUGCGAACUCGUCCGCCUGCCUAUCCGUCCGACUCGCUCUCGUAUUCCCCGUGGUCGUACGAAGACGACUUUUCCGACUCUUUGCCCUUGUCUGCGGUCUCCACCUCGAAGCGGCGAGCACGCGCCAAGAGAGCAGCCACAACCGACGAAGACGGCGCACUCGAGGAACCUCACUCCACGAAGAAGGAAGACGAAGCGGAAUCGUCCUCUGAGGACACUGAAACAAAAGCUGUAGUCGCGGCUGGUUCAGCCGUCGUACGGCGGACGCAGAGACGCACAUCUGCAAAUUUCGAGCUGAGCGAUGAAGAUUUCGAGAGGGGCAUCCGCACGCUGAGCCGCGGCGCUGCGGCUCUGAAGGACGGUGGAAACCCCCCCAUUAGUGUCGCGCGCAAUCGUUUCCCUCCGCGCCUCGUCAUUAAACUGAAGGAAGGCAAUCGCUCUCGAGAAUUCGAGAAGCGAACGCGCGCGUUUCAGCAGCAGAAAUGGAUCGACCAAGGAUUCGUGGAAUCUGCUGCUUACGGCGACAUGAGCGCCUCAGCGGGCGUCAGCGUCACAGUAGAUGACCCAAGCGAACUAGAAAAGAACAUGAGGGGAUUCUUCUCCCUCAACGAACAGCAGGCCGAGUUGGUCGCGAGUUUGAGUCAUUUGAAGCAGCUGGAUUUGCUGGUGCUGCGGAUCGAGGAGUCCCUCUUGUUUGACUCCUCGGACGCAGAGAAGCUGAAGGACGCGUUCGCAGACGUGGCUGACAUUGACUUUGUCGAAUUCGACCAAGUUGUCUACGCGUUGGAUAUCGUCCCGAACGACCAGCUCUUCAGUCUGCAGUGGAAUCUUCACUACCCGCGAAACCGCAUGGCAGACGUCGGCGCACCGCAGGCCUGGGAGGUAGUCGACGCCGUUCUCUCGGAAAAGCGAGAGCGCGGCGAGCUCGGCAGAGAAGACCGAGACCUGCGCGGGCGUGUCGUCGCCGUCAUCGACACCGGCGUCAACUACCUCCAUCCAGACCUCAAAAACCAAAUGUGGGUGAACACGAAGGAACUCUACGGGGCGCCAGGCGUCGACGACGACGGCAACGGCUACGUCGACGACGUUUACGGCUACGACUUCGUGAACGACCAGGGCGACCCCAUGGACCGCGACGGGCACGGAACGCACUGCGCCGGCAUCAUCGCCGCGCAGGCCAACAACGGCCUUGGAAUUGCAGGCGUGAACUCGCGCGCCCGCGUUAUGGCCCUGAAGUUCAUGGAAGGCGACACGGGCUACGUGUCAGACGCGGCGCGCGCGCUGGACUACGCGAUUCAGAACGGAGCGGCGAUCACUUCGAAUUCUUGGGGCAACGCGGCUCGCCUCCCGCGCACGAUGAUUGAGGCGGUUCAGCGCUCCUCGGAGAAGAACGUGUUGUUCGUGACGGCCUCGGGCAACGCGAGCCCCGCGGACGCGUCGCCGCCCUCCGCUAGCCAGCGGACCGAGGAAGGGCGUCUCGGGCGCGACCUCGAUCGCGCGCCCCUCUACCCUGCGGCGCUGCUCAACAGCAACGUGCUGACAGUCGGCGCGAUCGGUCAGGGCGGCGAGCUCGCCUCCUUUUCGCACUUUGGCAAGAAGACCGUCGACCUUGCGGCGCCGGGGGUGAACAUCUUCAGCACGUGGCUCCUGGACGCCUACGAGUACAAAGACGGGACGUCGCAAGCCUGCCCCCUCGUCGCCGGCAUCGCCUCCCUCCUCUGGACGAUGAAACCCGAGGCCAGCUACGAGGAAAUCAAACGCAUCCUCAUUGCCUCUUCCAGACGCCUCCCCACGCUCCAGCAAACCAUCGCCCACGGGCUCGUCGACGCCUACGCCGCCGCCGCGACGAUUCAGGAGACUCUAGGGCGCUGGGUGGCCGUCGACGCCCCGCCAACCUUGUCUCAGCGAACUGGCGCCAAAGUCUCUCUGGAGCUUCGGGGCAAGCAGAACGGGUUCUACAGAUCGCAAGUGCGCAUCUUGGCGGACUACCAAGGCGCGCCGAUGAACCUCGCGACGCUGCCGAUUCGCCUCCAGGUCGCCGAGUCGCCCGUCCUAGAGUUUCCGCCGGUCAUCUACCUUGAACCCGCGCUGCGAAACGCCAACUCGCUGCCCGUCGCCCUGCCGCUGAAAGUUCCCAUCGACCAGGGGCCGGUGACGCUCCAAGUGCUGAAGAUCGACGCGACGGUCCCCGGCGCCUUCUACUACUUGACGCCCCCCGGCGACGAAAUCAAAAUUGUAAACAAACUCCCUCUCUCGACAAUCAAAGUCGGAUGCCGCAUCGCAGCCGUGGGCAGCGAGGACGGCAUUCUGACUCUGCGUGCGCGGCUGGACGACGCGUCGGUGUCGCCUUCUUCCUCCUCGCCUACGCCUUCUUCUUCGCCGAGUUCGCUGCCGGUGGAGCGGAUCUACACCGUGCGUCUCCGCUGCGUGGCGAUUGACGUCCGCGUGGGGCCGGCGUUCCUUGACCUCGCGCUGCCGGCGAACACGCAGAAGAAGCAGGAGAUCGAGAUCGAGAAGGGCGAGCGGCUGUUUCAGCGCGAGGUGCGAUUCUCGGUCGAGUUCGUCUCGAUCCUGGACGGCGCAGCGUCGUCGCCUGGAGGCAAGCGCGGCGCGCCACCGGCGCCCAGCAACAGAGGCCGCGGCCGAGAAAGCGGCUACGAGCGCUUGCGAGGCGCGAACGACCCCGGCUCCGGGAGAAAUCCGCUCGACGCCAUCAAUCCGCCCCGCAGCAUUGACAGCGCUGCCGCAGGCGACAGAGCCGGGCGCGGCGGAGCAGGCGAAGGGCCUCGAGACUUGGAGCCGUAUCAGCUCGGGCCAGACGGCGAGUUCUACGACUACCUCGUCACGGGAAUGGACGCGCUGCCCGGACUGACACCCGUCAAGUUCCAUUGGAACGACAUCAGCAAGACGGGGCAGACGCUGCUUGGGCCUGGGAGGCUGAAUCGCUUGCGGCGCGUGCCGCUGGGCUUCGAUUUCCCUUUCUGGGGCGAAGCCGUGCGCUUUGUCUUUGUCUCUCCGACCGGCUUCGUCGCGACCGAGGCGAUGCCGGCGACUGAGUUCCUCUGCACGCCAAGCAUGUUCGACGAAGAGCCCCCAAAUGGGGUCCUUGCGCCUCUCUGGAUGGACUUUCCACCCUCGGACUCUCCGGCGUCGAACGUGUUUUUUCAAGCGUGGCGGGAUCGCGCGAUUUUCCAGUGGCAAAAUGUGCACAUUCGCAAGCGCUCCUUUCAGCGAACAGGGACGCCCGCCGCAGGCUCAACUUUUCAGCUCGUUCUGCACUCCAGCGGGAAGAUCCUCUUUUACUACAAAAGCGUCGCGCCGACAUACACCCCAAGAGACUGGACAGCCGCUGUCAUCGGCGUCGAGAGUCCCGACGGACGCUCGGCGAUGAAAGUUCUCGAUGGCAUUCCCGAGGCCGAGAUGGCGAUUCUGGUGUAUCCGUCUUCUCUUGUGUCGUCUUCGAGGCCCUCCGGCUCUCGCGGGUCCUCUUCGGGGGACUCCCGGCACGCCUCGUCGCGCUCGCUGCUCAGCUUUUCCAGCUCUUCGUCGGCGAGUGUGUCGCCGUCGGGCGCUGCCUCGACGCAGCAGCGGAAUCUCCAGUUGCAGCAGGAGGCGGGCGUGAUGAGUUACGGCUCUCCGAAGACGCACAUUUCCUUCAACGUGGACACAGACGGCUACUGGCCCGGCGACACCAUCUUGGGCUACUUUGUGAUCACCGCCAUGUACCUCGACGCGGCGAUGAACAAGGUGUCGGGCACGGGCGUCGUCGUCCUGAGCAUCUCCGUCACGGCUCCACCUGCCGCCCCGCCGGCCCCGGCCGCCGCCGAGCCCCCCGCAGGCGCGGGGGCCCCAGGCGAGAACUCAGCCCUGGGCAAUCGCGCACGCGCAAACAGCUGCUCCAUUGCUGACGGCCUCGAUGAGGAGGUGUGGAGAGACCUGCUGCGUGAGUUCACGAGGCUCCCUCAGGUGCGGCUGAUCGGCGCGGAAGAGCUGGGCACGAACAACGGCGUCUCGCUCGGGCAGUGUGCGGUGAUGUGCUUCGACGACAGCGCGUGCGCGCGUUUCAGCUACAGGUGGAUCAAGACACAGUGCGUCAGGUACCGCGGCGACGAGGACGCAGAGGCCUGGACAGGCGCGUCCCCCUUCUAUCAACGCGGUCGCGGGCCGGCCGGCGGCGCGGGAGAAGGCAGAGGCGAGCCCGGCGACGGCGCCGAAGCCGGAAAGAAGAAGCCCAAGGCGGUCGUCCAGAGUGUGAUGGACAGCUGGUCAGACCUCUUCGAGCGGCGCGUCGAACAAAGCGAGAGCGGAGGGCGAGACCCCCCCCCUGAGGCGUUCACGUCCCCUUUGCCUCCGCCGCCGGCGUUCUACCCUUACCCAUCCAUGCCCGCAAGUCCGCCUCCAUACGGCGCUCAGGGCCCGCCGCCCCCACCCCCGCCUGUCCCGCCCUACGGCUUCCCGCCUCCGUCGCCGCCAUAUCCGCCCCCUCCGGACCUACGCCCCCCCCCCCCGUUCAUGCCGCCGUGGCCACCGACCCCCCCGGCGCCUCCGACUGCGCCCGGCACCGCGGGCGCGGCUUCGCCCUCCGCUGCGUCUCCGCCCCCGCCCUCGCCGCCAGCCCCGGCGAGCCCGUCAGAGGCUACGGAGAAGGAUUCGGGCCGCGGCAGCGAAGGCUCUGCGAAGGAGGAAUCCGAGGCGAAACUGGAGGAAGACGGAGAGAAAACAGCCAGCCCCUCGGCUCCUUCCCCCGAUCCCCCGCCUCCUCGCUUGGGGCCGACUCCCGCCCUGCGGCCUCCGUUCCCGCCGCCGCGGUACCCUCCGCUGUCUCCGACCGCGUAUCCGCCUCCACCGCCUGCGCCCGUCCCUCCGGGCCCACCGUACGUCCAUCCGCCUCCGGGCGGGCCCGAAGGGGCCUACGGCGCCCCAUAUCCGCCGCUGCGGCCUUACCCGCCGUUCCCGCCGCCGGGGUACUUUUUGCCCGGCUCCGGGCCGCCGCCCCCCCGCUACGGCCCACCGCCUGCGCCGCCGGGCGAGCAAGCUGCCGCCCAGUAG